AUGACGAACGAGACGAUGCGAGCCGUGGCGGCUGGGCCACGUGUGGCAGCAGCACGACUGCCGUGUGUCGUCUGCUACGAUCAUCUUAUAGCAGGCCUCUCACGACUUCCGUACCUCAGGGUUCUUCUAAACAUCCUAUGUAGAUUCCAAGAUAGAAUUGAUGAUAAAGAGGUCCAAAAAUGUGGGUUCAAAAAAAGAAGCACUUCGUCUACAUGUGCGAGUCUUCUUGAAACAGAACUAAGCGAAGAAAAUGUUAAAGUUACGCACAGUCCUUUAGGUAAUUUAAAAAAAAAAUAUUUAUUGACACCCAGGCAGAGUGAAAGAAAUUUGGACCUGAGUGAUCCCUUAUCCACAGUAAGGAAAACAAAAAAAUCUGCUCGAUUAAGACUUCAUGGUAUAGUUGAUUGGUGUCGACAAGAAUACACAAGAAAAAAAUCAAAUGAUACAUAUGCAAGUUGUGAGUCACCAGCAGAAUGUUAUUUUUUACGACAGCCAAGUACUCACCUCACACAUCAACGAGGAGUUUCUCGACCAUCAAAAGGAGUAACCUGUACUUUAAGAAAAGCAAAGCGACAAAUAGAAGAUAAAUUAAUUCAAAUCGGUUUGGUAAAAGGAAGCAACAAACAAAGUCUAGAAGAUGUACAAAACAGCUAUCUUAGUCGCAGAAAUUCUUUCGAAGCUGGAGAAAUUCCAAGAGAUUCUGAAUUUGUUUUAUUAAAAGAACGCAUGUUAAUUAAGAAGAAGACUCUUUUGAGGGGUAUUCAAAGAUUUUCUUUUUUACUUGAAACUUGUCAACCAGGUGCAGUACUGGAACCGCAUUUGAUGGCUGCUCUUCUAGAUUUGCCAUAUGCACCAGUAGUUGCUCGAGCUGCUGUACUACUUGAGUGUGCUCAUUUUGUUCAUCAGUGUAAUAAGGGACAGUGGCCAGUAUGGAUGAGACUAAAUUUUCCUAUGUUUAGAUCAUCAGUGUCCGUAAAUAACCGAAGCUAUCCUACAGGACUAAGGCGUACUUAUGUACUACAACGAGCGGCUGGAAAACUCUUCUACCAAUGGGCUGAGGCAAUAGGAUCAAGAUUGGAAGAAUUUAAUACUGAAGAUAAAAAAAAUUACUACCAAAUAGAAACAAUAAUGCUAGAGGACAGCAAACGCCGAGGUUUAGUUGUAGAAGAUGAAGAAGAAGAUUUUUUGGAUGAAAGUAGUAUUAUUACUUAUGGCUCACGAUGUCCGAUGGCUUUACGACUAGUUGCUUGCAUGCUUCUAUUAGAAAUAACAACUUUUCUUCGGGAAACAUACCAAACUCUUCCAAGGUCAAGCCGAUUACCUACAAAAGAACGUCCUGCACCAUGGGAUAAAUAUAGCAGGGAAGCAAACCGCAGGUGGAGCAUGGCUUUAUCAUCCAUGGGGCAUUCGCAAAUAUCUACUCAAAGUCUGCAAUCUAUUGCAGGGGAUAGGGAAACAGGAGACGUAUCUAGCAAGAGCAUAACCUGCUCUAUUACGUCAGAGUUUGUUGGACGUUUAAUCAUCCGGCCUGGUACCGUCAGAGAAGUCUACUUUAAAUGCAAGCCAUGGAAGACACCUUCAAGGAGUAUGGGCAGCCACAAAGGCCUUCUUCUCAGUGGUUGUUUCAACGGAAUACUUACAGAGAAGAAAACGAUUCGUUGUCUAAAGGACUUUGUGAAGCUGGCCACUAUUCAACUAAGGCAGUCAUUCACUAGCAAACGUCACGAUUGGAGUUCAUUACAAGGCUGGGAACCCCAGUGA